AUGUCUUCAUCACCAUCCCCGGAACCGCAACCAACAUACAAUAUUGGGUUGGACGGAGUCGAGUACGAGCCAGCCCUAGCCAACCAUCUUCAAAAGAACCCAAACGACUUCCAAGCCGCCAGGGACAUGUGGCUAAACCGUAUCGUGGAAGCCUUCACGGGUUUGGGCAGCCAUUCGGCAUUUAGUUUCAACACCGACGAACUCAUUUUCAACGGAUUAUUCGUCAUUGACAUUGCCAACAGCUUAGCGCACCAGAUUCGAGUCGUGGAUAAUGAGAUUUAUGAUGCUAUUGAUGACAAGGAACGUGUUGAGGCGUCGUUGGGUGAGUUCGCGUUGCAUGCUGCCUACCAUCCGUGGUAG